AUGAUGGCAUACCAAGUUGUGGAAGAGAAAGAAGCAGACGAAUCAAAGGACGGCACGGGAAUUAUGAUCCAAACGAAACCCAAAAUACGCCAGCUUAAUAUCUGGAUCGACACCAUGUGUUGUCCUGCGACUCCUGGAUAUGGAAAGAAUGUUUGCCUCUCCAUGAUGCGAGAAAUUUACUCGAACGCCAAUGUUGUCAUGGUGAGAAGCGCAGUGCUUGAAGCUUUGGAAAUAGGCGACAUUGUACGGGACCCCUCCAAAGGGGUGAUGGAUGUUGCAGCACAGCUGUACCUAUCUCCUUACAUGCGCAGGAUGUGGACAUUACAAGAGGCAGUCCUAGCUGGUGCUUCCAGAGCUCGAGGGAUUGGCGACCGGCUUUGUCUGUCAUUCGCCGAUGGCAUCCUCUCGCUCGAGUCAAUCAUCAACCUCCUGAAGCAAGCCCCCCGACAAGAGGCCUUGUUGGCAUACCGCUUCAUGGCAGAAUUCCGCGACCUCAGCACUCACAUGUGGCAGCUAGGAGAUGAUGAUGGCGACAAGCCAGUGAAGCAUAGUCUGAAGGGAUUUGACUUCUUCUUGAGCAUGCUCACUGCCGCUUUGAAAUACCGCAACGUCACGGUUGCGUCCGACGAGGUGAUUUGCUUGGCUACGCUGCUGAAUUUGCGUAUCAACAGCACACGGGGAGUCGUACCUCUUAUUGGCCACGGAGAGACUCCCGAGGAGGGCAUGUUCCCAGGAUAUCGGUGGGCACCCGCAACUCUUGUCCAGUACGCGAAAUACGGCAAUCUCUAUGUUUCUCAUUCCAGUGCGUAUCCGGCGAAGAUUUCCGACAAGGGUCUACACGUGAGGCUUCCUGGGGCGCGACUCACGAGUUUGGCUGCCACUGCUGGUUCAUUUGGCAAGUUAUUGCCAAUGGUAUCAAUGAAUGACCGAAAGGAUAUCCACUCGGAAGAUGAAGCCACACCCCCUUCUGUAUUUUUGGCAAAGCUACAAGCAGAUGAAGAUGGCUGGUUUGCUGUCAGAAUUCACAAGGGCGAAAAUGAGACCCGGAAAUCCGGAUCUGCACAUGCAGAAUCACGCUCCGAAUCAAGUCAGAGGCCAAAUCUUCUCCAACUCCUUGGGAGCAGGUCUGCGGCGCUGAUAUACCAAAACGCCAACAUCAGCGGGCCAGGUCUACUCGUUUCCAUUGCGUCGCAACCGUCAGAAGUGAGCGCUCUCGACAUUCUGAGUCUGAAUCAGGAGCCUUUGCAGACCACAAGCGAGUUACCUGUAAAGAUAAUGCCUCUCAGCGGCGGUGCCAGCAUCAUUGCUGAAGCAGCCAACAACUGUGUCGAAGAGUUGAACCGAAGGGUUGUGGUUGAGUCGAGACAGCGGACAGGCGGAGAUGCCGUUGAGAAUAUCUGGGAAGAUGCUGUUGUCAUUGCUGAGCUAGUGAAGCAAACGGCCAAGAAAAUUGUGGAAGAGUCCACCUCUGCCACUUACGAGGCCGCCAUCGAGCGCUUCAUGCAGUAUGUGCGCCAGGUGGCGUACUUUGGCGGCGGUAUAAGGUGCGAGUCUUACCCGGACGACCAAGACUGUAGAUGUCCGAAGGAUGACGAGGACUCAUAUGAUUUGCCAUCAUGUAAUUCUCUUACUCAGAUGGGCGAGAUCAUUGUUGGAAUCGAGCCUGAUGUUGAUCGAAGAGGGGUCCUUCGCAAGGGCGUUGAACCUGGUUAUUAA